AUGCUGCGUGCUCCACCGCACUCGUCCGUGCUCACGGCCGGCACCGCGGCGGCUCGGCCGCCGCCGCGGUCGGUGCAGCGGCCGUCGGCGGGCCACCGGAAGGCGGAGGCGCUGCGGCUGCGGCGCGUGUUCGAGAUGUUCGACCGCGACGGCGACGGCGUGAUCACGCCGGCCGAGCUGUCGGGCGCGCUGGGCCGCCUCGGCGCGCGGCGGCACGACGACGGCCAGGCGCCCGACGAGGCCGCGGCCCUCGACGCGGUCGUCGCGGCGUACGUCGCGCCCGGGAUGGCGGGCCUCCGUUUCGCCGACUUCCAGGCGCUCCACGCCGAGCUCUCCGUCGCCGGCUCCGGCACGAAGGGAGACGACGCCGACGCGGAGGAGGAGGACGACGAGGACAUGAGGGAGGCGUUCGGGGUGUUCGACGAGGACGGCGACGGGUACAUCUCGGCGGCGGAGCUGCAGGCGGUGCUGUCGCGGAUGGGGAUGCCGGAGGCGGCCUGCAUGGCGCGGGUGCGCGACAUGAUCGCCGCCGCCGACCGGGACAGCGACGGCCGCGUCGACUACGAGGAAUUCAAGGCCAUGAUGGCCGGUGGUAAUUAAUCCUAAUUGUAAUUCCGACGUGUACGUAGUGAUUAAUUAGUGAAACAAUAUUUGGGAUUUUUCUCGUGUCAAAUACGUACGUACGCCGUGCAAAAGUAAUCGAUCGUGGUGCUGUCCUGUAGAUAUAUAUCGUCUCCUUGAAAUAGGAUGUAAAAAAGAAGGAGAAGAUGACUUUAAUUUUCUUGUGUACCCUGAUUUCACUCUUAUCAUUUCGAUACUCCUUGGGUUUUUUUUUCUCUUUAUCCAUAUGGC